AUGCCUCUCCCCGCGGCGCUGCUCCCGGCGCUGCUGCUCGGGCUGCUGUGGCCGGGGGCGGUGCGCGCCCGCUCGGCCCCGGGCCGCGUCCCCGCCGGGCCCCGCCAGCGCCGCUGGGACGCGGCGCUUUUCGCCCGCUCCGUGGCUCGCCUGCCGGCCGAGCGCCGCGACGCCGCCCGAGACGGCGACUACCUGCUGGGCAUCAAGCGGCUGCGGCGCCUCUACUGCAACGUGGGCAUCGGCUUCCACAUCCAGGUGCUGCCCGACGGCCGCAUCGAUGGCAUUCACAGCGAGAAUCGAUACAGUCUGCUGGAAAUCUCUCCUGUGGAAAGAGGUGUGGUGAGCAUAUUUGGUGUCAAAAGCGGACUCUUCGUGGCCAUGAACAGCAAAGGCAAACUCUAUGGAUCUGCCCAUUUCAAUGAUGAGUGCAAAUUCAAAGAGAUUCUCCUGCCAAACAACUACAAUGCUUAUGAAUCCAGGAUUUAUCCCGGGAUGUACAUAGCCCUGAGCAAAAAUGGAAGAACAAAGAAAGGCAAUAAAGUAUCUCCCACAAUGACAGUGACACAUUUUCUUCCUAGAAUCUGA